AUUCAAUUCAUACAUUCUAAUGAUCAAAUAUCUUUCUAACAACAAAUUAUGUCUACUUCCAUUCAGUAUUUAUUGUCAAUACUCUUUUGUUUAUUCGAUAUUUCAACAGUUUUGUCAAUUCAAAAUACAGAAACAAAAUGGAUACCUUUAAUUGGGGAUUGGACAAUUUCAAAUCAAACUUCGUCAAGACAAAUUUAUGUACGAUUUGGCUUAGAUAGUUAUAGUGCACAAUGGAUAACUGAAAAUACUAAUAAUCCUUUAAUUGAUGACAAUGAUGUGAAAUUAAGGUGGAUAGCAUAUGAUAAUUGGACAUUUACUAAGAUUUUCACAAUUGAACAGCUUUAUUUCAACAACAGCAUCAUAGAAUUAUAUUUGGAUGGCAUAGAUACAUUUUGUGAUAUAAUUUUAAAUGAUCACUUCCUAGGAGUUACAGAGAAUAGUUUUUUAUCAUAUACAUGGAAAAUCAAUCAUUUAUUAAGCUCAAAGCAAAGAAACAAACUAGAAUUAAAAUGUACAUCAACUGUAUUGAUGGCGAAGAAAAAGGCAGAACUGAUGAAAGUCAAAAAAACAUCUAUUCCACCACCAUUUUGUUGGCCAUCUAGAUUUCAUGGAGAAUGUCAUGUAAAUCUGGUUAGGACAACACAAUCAACAUUUGGUUGGGAUUGGGGGUUAGCUUUACCGAUUGAAGGAUUAUGGACAUUACCUCAAUUGGUGAUUUCACCUUUAAGCUUGAGAUUCGGUGAAAGAUUUAAAUUCUACGCCUAUUCACAACAAAAUCAAUUUAAACUAUGGAGUGCAGAAAUUGAUGUAGAGCUUGUAGGAGAUAUACUGUCGUAUGACCGGCAAUCGAAAGCAUGUAUUUAUUCAUAUAUUGAGGAAUUAAAUGUAUUUGGAAAAAAGUGUUUUGGAAUGGAAAGUGAAGUGAUUACUAUGGAGGUGUUGCGUAAUCAGUCAAAUGUUAAAUUGUGGUGGCCUGCUGGUACUGAGACUGGACCGUAUCUUUAUAAGUUAGUACUCUAUUUAACUGUUGGUUUCCAUCAGAUUGCUGACAAAAAGGAAUAUUCAAUAGGAUUUCGUGAGUUGGAGUUAAUUCAGGAUUAUGUGAAUUCAUCACAAAUUGGAUUAGGUCGAACAUUUUAUUUUAAAAUUAAUGGUUUACCAAUAUUCAUUAAAGGUGUUAAUUGGAUACCUGCAACAUAUAUGCCUGGUAAACAGUAUGGAUUAAUGCAUAAUACAACAAAUGAUCAUAUUUGGUUGGAAAAACGACUUCUUCGUUCAGCAAGUCUUGCAGGAAUUAAUUUAAUUAGAAUAUGGGGUGGUGGACGUUAUGAAGAUGAUGAAUUUUAUAAAGAAACCGAUCGACUUGGUUUAAUGAUAUGGCAUGAUAUGAUGUUUGCAGUUGCUACUUAUCCAGAUAAAGAGAAUUUGGAAUUCAAUGAUUUUGGAGGUGGACAAGUACCUGAAGUAAAUGAUACCGUUGAAAAAGAAAUCAGAAGACAAAUAUCACGAUUACACUAUCAUCCAUCUAUUAUAGUUUGGUCUACAGAUAAUGAAGUGAAACAAGCUAUUGCAAAUGGUUGGUAUGGUCCACCAAUGGAUUUCACAUUAUUGAGUAUAUUCAAAACUAGAUUUGUCGAUUCAAUGUUCAAUGUGAUCAAUGACGAAGAGAAUGGUCAAAGUUCAGCUAGACGUUGGACAGUUUCAAAAUAUAAACCUAGAACAUGUCUUAUCUCUUCACCUGGUAAUGGAUAUAGAACAGAGAAACUUAAAGGUUUGGAUCCUGAUCCAGAUAAUCCCCUAUAUGGUGAUAUACAUUAUUACAAAUAUUCCGGUGAUUUAUGGUCAGAAUCUAAUUUCGUACUAGGACGAUUUAUAUCGGAAUUCGGCAUACAAUCUAUUCCAUCUUCAUUAGCAUGGGCCAGAUCAAUUUCAAAUAUAUCGAAUCCAAAACAAUGGGAUGUAUUCGGUUCACUGAUGGAUCAUAGACAACAUCAUCAAUUAGGUCAUCAAAUGCUUAGAUUAGCACUUCAGUAUAUUAUCGAACCGGAAAUGAGACAAGAUCCAAUUCGUAAUUACAGUCGAUGGGCAUAUAUUAGUCAAUUAAAUCAGCUCAUGUGUUUACGUACUCAAAUCAACUUGUAUAUGAGACAUAAAUGUCGACUGAGCAUAUCAACAUCUACAGUUGUAUUCACUGAUAAAUUCAUUACAAUGGGUACAAUAUAUUGGCAAUUAAAUGAUAUUUGGUCAGCACCUAGUUGGUCAACUAUAGAUUCAGUUGGACAAUGGAAAUUAUCUCAUUAUGCAGCUAUAAAAGAAUAUUAUGAUAUACCGAAAUGGGGACGUAUAGCAAUACAUAAGAAUAAUAAUGACAUAAUUGAAGCUGAUUGGAUACCAAAUGUACAAAAUAAAAAUCAUAGUUUAUUUCCUACUGAAUUUGAAUUAGUUUGUUAUACAAUUUGGUCAUUUGAUCCAACCUAUCAAGAAGUUUUAAAAAUUCCUAUUCAAAACUCGACUCAAUGUCCAAUAAGAAUAUUAAAUAUAUCUCUUCGAGAUUUAAACAAAUUAUGUCAUUUCGAUGAUAGAAAUGGUAGAAUGAUUCAAAUAAUUAUACGAAACAAUGCCGAAGACAUCAAAUCUGAUGGAAAUCUUCUACUGUUAGAUAGACCAAAACAAAUUGAAAACUGGCCUAAAAAAGCUGGAGAAAGUUUACGCCUAAAAUCAAUAAAGCCUUUACUAAUAACAAAAACGAAGAAUAAUCUACGAACACUACAACAAAUGGCACCAUUUUUAACUAAUCAUAUUUAUGAACUUGUGAUUGAAUCAAAUUCACCAGAAUUAUUUGUGAAUUUAGAAAUUGAUCCUAGACUUAAUAUAGAGUAUUGGUUUUCAACAAAUGGUUUUCAUUUAGUGUAUGAAAAAGAGAAAACAAUAAAUUUAUAUCUGUCAAUGAAUAAAACAAUGUCAAUAGAUUACUUAAAGCAUUAUUUAUGGAUUGAAUCACUUGCAACAUUGAAUAUAAAAGAAUUGUGACAAAAAAAUUUCUUUUGUUUUUAAAAUUUACUUUCUGAUGAACUUUGUUUUGAACAUUAUUGCUGAUGUUUUUAAUUCAGUAUUACUAUUUCUAUCAUG